GACCGGGACCCGGUGGGAUCUUCGUUGAAAUUUUGAGCGAUGGCAGCGCCUUAUCAAGGACGUGUGGCCAUUACUGGCGCUGGAGGUUUCUUGGGUCAGCUGGCACGUGCAGAAUGUGAGGCUUUGGGCUACGAAGUGCGCGGCAUCGACUUAGCCCAGCCCAAAUGCCAGGGUGGCCCACGUGUUGCAGCCGCCCGUGUGGCGGAUUCUUCCAAAGUGGACGUGGUCAUUGAAGAUAUGAGUUGUGAGGGAUCCAUGACCGGAGUCUUGGAAGGCUGCCAGAGUGUGAUUCACCUGGCUGCUGAUGGGAGGCCAUCGGCCGAUUUCAUGGCAGAUGUUCUACCAAGCAAUAUCCAGGCAACCUUCCACCUGCUCAAAGAGGCUGAACGCGCCAAAGUGAAGCGUGUGAUCUUUGCCUCAACGAACCACGCUCAACACGGUGCCACCAUGGGUGACCAUCCGGGCAGGAUGAGCUGGACAAAGCUACAGCAACUCGGAGGUGCAGCUUCGAUCUGUUUGUCCGACCCGUUGGGUCGCACGGGUCCCGAUUCCUUCUACGCAGUGUCCAAAGUUUUCGGCGAGGCCUUGGGUUACCUCUUCUCGCGUGUACAUGAGUCCUUUGAGUUCGUGGCGCUGCGCAUAGGUUGGUGUUUGUACGAAAAGCCCACAGAUUUGAAGGGCGACGAAUGUGAGGACUACUUGCGCUGCAUGUUCCUGUCGCAGCGCGAUUUUAAAGGCUUUCUCCGAGCUGCGCUGCAGCGGGACCUCGCGCGACAUCAAGGAUUUCUCAUCGCAUAUGCCGUGAGCCGCAACGGCCUGCGUUCCUUUGAUUUGCAGGAGACAAUUGAGACCUUGGGCUACCAUCCAGUCGAUGAUGCAGAGGACUACUACACAGAGGUCAAGAAGUUCCGAAGAGGGAUGACCACCCAUGUGAUGAUUGCCCAGUCCCACCGAAACACCCAGCGAUCGCGUCUUCCGCUUUCUGCUGCAAUGGCGGGAUCGAUGCCGUGGCGCGGCCGCUAUGUGGAGACCCCUUGCGGGCGCUGGGGCAUUUGCUGCAAGGAGACGGUUGACGAGUUGGAGGUGUUGCUCGACAGCGACAGCUCCACCGCGUCGGACGCACAGUGCGCUACGUCCACGGUGGCGCUACGACCCGAGGAGGUGCGGCGAAGUUCCUGGUGCGCCUUAGGGACCUGCGUCCUCAGCAGCUUCGGGCCCGGCGUGGUCUUGCGCUAUCGGGUGGAGGAUGACAUGCACGAGGUUCAGCUGUGGGGGCCCUUGAGCCAAGGGCAAAACCGUGCCUUCCUGCGGCGCGAGGCUCUGCAGGAGGUCCUCCCUGCGCUGCCGGGGCUCGCUGUAGAGACCUCUUCGGGCUCGGGCAUCUGCCAGACCGUGGAGCCUGAGCGGAUCUCCGUGAAACUCACGGAAGCAGGUGAAGUUGUCUGGAUGUCGGCCAAAGAUGUUCAAUGUCCAGUCGCCAAAACUUUACCGUUAGUGAAUCGAUUUUUGGAUGUUGCUGCCACCAUGGUGAAAUUCCAUUCAGGGAUGCUGCUGCGCCUGGCGGACGCCUUCCAGGGCUUGGGCUUGGAGCGGCUCCAGGACCUGCUGCUGAGCCGCGCGAGCGAAGCAGCUGGCACAGCGCUGCAGCUCUGGGAUGACUUCGAAGCCAAAGAAGCAAAGGAGCUUGCCGAGUCCUUGAAGUCCCAGGCGGAUGCGGCCAUGCCUAAGUUGCAAGGUUUGGUGUCGAGCCUCUUCUCCGGUCUGAACCAGUUGAUCAGUCGGGCCUUGUUCGAUGGCGUUUGGAUUGGCAAGGAUGAUUUGGAGGCUCGAUGUACCAUCAAAGAUGCCAUGCUGCAGUGGCACUGGGGCGAGGAGUCUGACUUUUCGAUUCAAUGCAUGUGGAGUGAAACCUCUAUCUCAACCUUGUUGGCGGGCGAAAUCUUCAAAGGCAGCUUGCGCUUGGACGGCUGUCUCCAAUGGAGUGACGGCGAUGUCUGGCAGCGUCGUGAUGGGGAAGAGGAGACCGAAGAGAUCGCCAUGGACCUGCGGAGUUUGCACUUUCGCUUGGUGACCUUCAGAGAGAUGGUCGCCUCAGGAGACUUCAGUGGCCUGGAGGUUGAUGGCCUCGAGGAUGCUGUGAGGUGUUUGAGCAAAAUCGCCCAAACGGCCUCCGCGGAUGAAGAUGUCAAAGUCCUAGCAUCCAACCUGCAAGAGCAGAUGGAGCGAUGUCAAGAGCAGCUCCAGUGGGUCUUAGAACUUGGCAGCUCCAAGGCCGUGAAGGAUUCGGGUCUCAUCAUAAAUGCUUCAGAAGCGGUAGGAUAUACAGUUGGACGUCAAGUACAGCAACUGGUUUGUGACACCCUGCCAGCCAAAGCGGGAACUGCAAUCUCUUUGGCUUCCGACACUUCGAAGCUGUUGCUACAGCAGACUUUGCUUCGACAAACAGCGGGCAAUGAAGGCUUGGUCACCUUCUCCUGCACCUUUGUUCCCAUGGCUCUCUACGCCGCCUGGCGGCUGUUGGAUGCACGGCGCCACAUCGAUGGUGCUCUGGCAGAGCAGGAAGAGCUGGCACUACAGGGCCUGGUGCAGAUGAAAGGUGUGGAGUCUUCCAUCAUUCUGCAGCUUCCCCCAAGUCUCCGGCGCUUCACUGGAGGAUUUGGCCGCCAAGAUGCAGUGUUGCCAAGCAAACUUGAGAGCUUGAGCCUGGCAGACCUGAACCAAAGUCUGAAAGUCAUCAAUCUUCCGCAGACUCUACGAGACUUGACCUUAGGUGCUAAUUUCAAUCAAAGCUUGGUGGGGGUGAAGUUUCCAAGCAGCCUGGAAAGCUUGACAUUUGGGAUGUGGUUCAACCAGAGCUUGGAAGGCGUAAAUUUGCCCUGCAAUCUGCUGAAACUCACAUUUGGUGAGAGUUUCGAUCAGAGCUUGCAAGGUGUGAAGCUGCCAGAGAGUCUGCAGAAGUUGACCUUUGGGAGACAUUUCAAUCAGACAUUGGAAGCUGUGACGUUGCCUGCAGCUCUGGAAGACUUGACCUUUGGUGGUCAUUUUGACCAGACAAUGCAGGGAGUGAAUCUUCCACAAGGUCUUCAAAGCUUGACCUUCGGCGACACCUUUGCACAGAGUAUGGAUCAAGUGACGUUGCCUUGUGGACUUCAAGGCUUGCAUUUUGGCGACUGGUUUGACCAAAGCAGAGGAAUGAAUUUGCCCAGCAAUCUACGCAGCUUAACUCUGGGUGGAAGGGGUUCCAGCGUCUUGAAACAGCUGAAGUUGCCGAGCACUUUGCAAAGUUUGACUCUGGGAAAAGGUUUCAACGAGGGCUUGAAGGGUUUGCCAGAGAACCUGCAGAGCUUGACCUUUGGGACACAAUUCAACCAAAGCCUGGAGGGUUUGAAGCUCCCGAAGCUUCAGAGCUUGACCUUUGGCAACAACUAUCGACAGACGCUGGAAGGUGUGGAGUUGCCUGAAAGCCUUCAGAGCCUGACGUUUGGAAGAUAUUGGAGCCACAGCCUCGAGCACAUGGUGUGGCCACGGGGUCUUCAACAGUUGACUUUUGGUGAGAGGUUUGGGUGUCGAUUGGACUGCGUGAGGUUCCCCAGCAGUCUUCAAAGCUUGACAUUGGGCGACUACAACUUGCGGCUGCCCAGCGGGAUUUUACCUGAUGGUCUCCAAUACUUGAGAUUUGGAAGUAUGUUUAACUCGAGCCUUGAGUAUGCAGAGUUGCCAGAGAGUCUUCAAACCCUGAUUUUUGGUCGAAGCUUCAAUCAAAGCUUGGAGAAGGUAAAGUUACCAAGCCUUCGAACUUUGGUCUUUGGUGAUGAUUUCAACCAGAGCCUGGAGAAGGUGGAGUUUCCCAGCCUGGAAAAUCUGACUCUUCCUGCUGGAUACAACCACAGUUUGGACUGCGUCAACUUUCCCGCGACUCUUCGUAGCCUGGAGUGUCGAGGGAUCAUGGUCAGCUCCGUGUGAGCGAAAA